CAGCUAGGGUUUUGAGUGAGGAGGUAAAAAGUAAAAACCCAGUUCUCUACGCCGUCGCACUUCCUCCAUUUUCUCUUUCUUCUGCUUCUGCUGCUGCUGCUGCUGCUGCUGGGGGAUUCCUCGGAAACCUAGAAAGUACCGCCGGCAACCAUGGGUAUUUCACGGGAUUCCAUGCACAAGAGGCGUGCCACUGGAGGAAAGAAGAAGGCUUGGAGGAAGAAGAGAAAGUACGAGCUUGGUAGACAGCCAGCAAACACAAAGUUGUCAAGUAACAAGACAGUACGUAGGGUGAGGGUUCGAGGAGGUAAUGUGAAAUGGCGUGCUUUGAGGUUGGACACAGGGAACUACUCUUGGGGUAGUGAGGCUGUGACCCGGAAGACUCGUAUUCUCGAUGUGGUUUAUAAUGCUUCUAAUAAUGAGUUGGUGAGGACCCAGACUUUGGUGAAGAGCGCAAUUGUUCAGGUGGAUGCUGCACCUUUUAAGCAGUGGUAUCUUCAGCACUAUGGAGUUGACAUUGGUCGCAAGAAGAAGGCUGCCGUCAAGAAAGAAGGAGAGGAGACCGAGGGUGCUGUAGAAGAGACAAAGAAAAGCAACCAUGUCCAGAGGAAACUGCAGAAGCGUCAACAGGAUCGCAAGCUUGAUCCACAUGUUGAGGAGCAAUUCGGCGGUGGCCGUCUUUUAGCUGCAAUCUCUUCACGCCCCGGCCAGUGUGGUCGUGCUGAUGGAUAUAUUUUGGAGGGCAAAGAGUUGGAGUUUUACAUGAAGAAACUUCAAAGGAAGAAAGGAAAGGGUGCUAGCGGGGCUUCAUAAAUUUCUCUCGUAACUCAAAGAAUGUUUCCUUCAAAAUCUCCUCUUUCACUUCCUGUAAGACACAAGUUAGCUUGAUCUUUUUCAUAUUUAGUUGAAAUUUUGAGCUGUUAUGUAAUGAAUUUUCUACCAAUGACAUAUUUUUCUUCCGUUUCUCAUUACAAUACAGCUGCUGUUAUCCUAA